CACAAGUAAAGUGCUCUCUCACUUUCUCCCUGUAAACUUUCACCAUUUCUUCCACCAUCACAAACAUCGCAUUCCUUCGUCAGUCGCAUUCCCCACACCCCCCUUACACGAUGGCAUCCGAUUCAUCAGCUGCUGCAGCUGCAGCGGCAUACAAGAGUGCCAAGGAAGCCUGGGUCACCGGCCACUCGGGCGGGUCCAUGACCGAGGCUACGCUUGUCACCGCUUCAGCAUUAACCACGUUCAUCCUCUGGGCGUCCAUCCAAAAGUACCAUCCCAAGUCGCCUGCCCACCAGAUUCUCGCCACAGCCUCCAAGCAAGCCAAGACCAAGAUCCGCAACAGCUUUGGAUCGUUCGUAUUGGAUUUCACCGUCAUCGUCAUACCCAUGAUUCUAAGCUGUACACUCUUCUCGAACUAUGCCUACCUCUGGUCGUUUGCAACCCUGGCGUUUGCGGGCGCGAUCAAGUCGAUCUGUGGGCCCAAGGAUGAUGAAGUAUUGAGGCGUGAGAAGAGGAGGUUCAAGUGGAGGGAUUCAGACGACGAGUACUCGGCGGAUGAUCAGGACGAGGAGUUGGAGAGCGAGCAAAAGACUAGCGGUAUCUCUUCAGCACAAUCGGCAGGAGCACAGGAGCACGAGCAGGAACAUGACGGAUUCCGUCAACGGAAAGGCAAGGGCGGAUCGGACCAUGCAGCUCUUCAAUUGGAUGAUACGGCUGCUGUUCCGGCAAAGGUCAGGACCUCUAAGGGCCGGGAUACCUCACACAAGAUCUUUUUGAGCAUUUAUCGCGCGGGCAUGAUGAUCAUGACUUGCAUUGCCAUUCUCGCAGUGGAUUUUCCGGUCUUUCCUCGUCGGUUCGGCAAAGUCGAGGUCUAUGGAACUUCACUCAUGGAUCUAGGUGUCGGAUCAUUUGUAUUCUCAUCGGGUGUUGUGUCCGCGCGUGGAUACCUCAAGAAAGAGACCUUACCUUUCAGCAAGCAGAUGAUGAUCGCGCUCCGCACUUCAAUCCCGCUCUUGAUCCUCGGUCUGGGUCGAUACAUCUCCACCAAGGGAGUCGAUUAUCAGGAACAUGUCACUGAGUACGGCAUGCACUGGAAUUUCUUCUUCACGCUCGGGUUCCUGCCUAUUUUUGUCACCUUUUUCAGGAGCCUGGCGGAUAAAGUGCGCUUCUCGAUCGUGGGCACCAUGGUUGCUGUCGUUUACCAAUGCUUCUUGACUUUUGGAGGACUAGAGGACUACAUCCAGAAUGCGCCUAGAGUUGACAUUAUCAGCAUGAACAAGGAGGGCAUCUUUAGUUUUGCAGGAUAUCUCGCGAUCUUCUUGGUGGGUGUAGAUGUCGGUCUGUACGUCCUCCCCAACGAUCCAUAUUUCUUUAUGCGCCGAAAGAGCAACAAGAAGAAGGCCAAGAAGGGCAAGUUGGCCAUGAUCCUUCUCAGUCUUGCGUUCUUGCUCGUCAUGGGAUUCAUUACCAGCUAUGGUAUCCUCCACAUUCCCGUCUCGCGACAAAUGGCUAACCUAUCGUACUUCUUCUGGGUGAUCACCUUCAACACCGGAUACAUUCUCUGCUUCCUCCUGGUCGAGAUCGCGAUCACGCUCAAUGAACCCUCCGCUCUGGCGAUCGCCCGUGCACAGACCAAGGCCAACCUCUCGACCUCAUCUAGCAACAAAGUUGCCACGCUGCAUUUGCCUCCACUGACGUGCCCACCUUUGCUGGAGGCCGUUAACAAAAAUGGACUUGCGGUCUUCUUGGUCGCCAAUGUGCUGACAGGACUCGUUAACUUGACGGUGCAGACGCUUUAUACCCCUGACGCUCAGGCGGUAGCUAUUUUGGUAGCUUAUAUGUUUACGGUCUCGGCGCUGGCGUGGUGCUGGCAAGUUAUGGGAUGGAAGCUGAAAUUGUGAAUAACAAAUCAUUGGGUCGACUCC